GUGCAGAUUCUACAACACAAUUGGCAACAACCACAUCCUCCACCUCCGCAUCCGCCCUAUACGAUGUAUCGGCGCCUACACAAAACUCGGACAUAACUCAAAGUCAAAUAAUACAAGCUGCUAUAGGUGUUUCUGUUACGGUUCUAAUUAUCGGUAUAUGUGUAUUAUAUUGUUACUUGUAUGGAAGACGAAUGGGAAGGGUUCACACGGCUCUUUCACCCACACCCAGAAACGUUUAUAGCGAAUCUGUAAAGAGAUUAGAGGAAUCAAGUUCGGAAACUAGAAGAAGAUUUUACGAAGGAGAAGUUAAUAGACCCUCUUCUUUUGAUUCAACCCAAUUGGCUGGUCGCCCAUCAUUUGAGAACCCUACCGGUGCUGGUAGUGGUAUAAGUAAUGUUGGUAGUGGUGGUGCCGAUGAAACCAUUACUACAGUUGGUGGUCAAAACGUUAGGAUUGGGAAUUCCUCUUUGGCGUGCGUAAACAUCGCGAGUGAAUACAUUAGUGGCGUAACGCCUUCCCUUUCAUCCAUCGAGUUACAAGCUAACCCAAUAGAAGUAAACUAA